ACGUGUUCGCGUACAAACUAUAGGUGGAUGGAAGCGAAUGACUAUUGGAUCGUUACCGCGUAUCGAUUUUUCGAUUACUCUAAUUCCACUUGGGUAUAGGGACGCCUUUCGUCGGGACCUAUCGCGCGGAAGCUCCUCGGGAUAAAAGCGUGCGUAUAAUUCGUAUCGUGCGUAACGACGAUUCGUCGUUGGGGGUGAAGGACGCGCUAGCUGCGUGCCUGCGCACAAUCGCCAUCUUGUCCUCGCCGAGAUCGUGUCCGGACGGACACCGUUGUUACAUGCGUACAUGCAUACAUACGUCCAACGCUCGCGCGAAUACGUCGCUCUCCUCUCCGGCCGUCGUCGUGUACGUUCCACGUCGCAUGUCGCGCGUUACGCGACGUCGGGCCCGCGACGACAGUAACGUCCGCUCGCGCGCUCGACCGCGGGACGUUGCACGGCCGGAGAGAAAGCGAUUUCCGUUCCGCGGCUCUACCUCGUCCGAAAACGGACGCGUACUGUCUCCGUUGUUGGGAGCGCCGGUGGUCUCGUAUCGUUCGCGAUCGUAUGACACAUGGAUAACAUGAAAACAAACCAUCCAUUCGUCUCACUUGGCGACUGAAUAUAUUGAGCAAACAAACGCAGACCUUUCUGACUCUUGCUUGAUUUAUUUGCGACGCAUUUCACGCGUGUGUACUUACAUCCGAGUUCACAACACGAAGCGUUCGUAGAGGGGGAAUGAAUAAUGAAUGACAAAUAUUCGGAGUUUGCGGAAGAUUCGGAGGAGCCAUCCAUUACGUCGUCGGAUCCAAACGAGCGGAAAUUAGCGCGCCGGAUUCGUAUUCAGCGACGUCUAGAAGCGUUAACUAAAAAAACAGGUCCUGAAGAUGAAGAAAUUGUCGAAAAGACGCCUAUCGAGAAGCAAAUAUUUGCUAGUUUUGAAGUCUUGGAAAAAUUAUCGGUGGAAGGAGAUGAAGUGGUAUCUUGCGUGAAAGUCGCAAACGAUGCUAGAGAACUACAACGACGAAGGGAAGAGCAAAAAAUCAGAAGAGAGUUGCUUAAAACACUCGAAGAAGACGAACAGGAAUGCAUGAAAAGAUACAAGGAGAUCAAUGCAAAAUGGUCGAAUAUUCUUGCGUCUAAAGAUCCGUUAGAUAUACACGCGGAAAUGGAAGCUCAAAAUGCCAAGUGUUUGGAAAUUAUGGAGAGGAAAGAUGCUGUCAUUGCACAAUUGCGACAGGAAUUGGAAAACGCUGACCUCAAAUUUGUUAAUGACCAGAAAAAUCAGAACGAAGAUAUAGAUUUAUUGAUCAAUAGAAUGGACAAUCAAAUGAACAUCAUGGCCAAAGCUUAUCGUCGCGAAUUAUCCCUCAUCGAUGACGUAAUCGAAUCAGAGCGUAAAGUGUUGCUGCACCAUAUCACGGAGAAAUGGGAAGCGUUGUAUAAAAAGUUACAGGAGGACAGUCUCGCGGGAUUAGAUAGACGAAAAGAAAUAAUGCGCGAAUAUGAAGAGGAGAUGAAGAGAGUCAUAAUCGAACAUCAGGAAGAAUUUCGGGCUCAAAAGAUCAGUUUUGAACUUGAGAUUCAAAAGCUUCGACAAGAAGUACAGAACACGAAAGCGUUGUGUUUUAUGAAUAUUGAAAAAUUGGACUACAGCUACGCCGUGCUUAAACAACGAGAAGACGAAAAUGCUAUAGUAAAAAAUCAACAAAAAAGAAGAAUCAAUAAACUCCAAGAUGUUAUCAAUAAUCUGAAAAAGAAUUACGCAGAGUUGGAAGAAAAUACGAGACUCGAGAUACAAAGACUUACCGAUCAAGUCAUAAAAGCACAUAAAAAUAUUUUGGAUUUAGUGGAAAAGUCGAAUCAUUUUACGAGCGUUAAUGAUAAGAAAUAUAUGCAAAUUUGGGACAUGAAUGCGAAAAAUGCGAAUGAAUUGCUCGAUAAGAUUUUAAAUAUUGACAAAAUUAUAUAUGAACAAGCGUUGGGCCUGGAGUGGGACCCACCUGAGAAAACCUUACUAGAAAAAGAAGAUCUGCCAUCUUAUCGUAAUGUGAUGUGCACUAUAGAAGAAGAAAAUAGAAUGGCUGACGAGAAAAAAGCAAUAUGUAAAUCUUACAAACCGGCAAAUACUAUCGAAGAAAUCAAUCUAGAAAGACGAUUAUUGAAUCACAUCAUAAAGCAAAUCGCUGAUUGUUGCGAUUAUCUGAUUGAAAAUAAAUUGCUCGAGUUGCUUUUACCUUACACUGCAAAGGAUCAGCUAGUUAUACGAUUAGAUAAUGUGUUUCAGGCACUGAACAUAAAAUCCGAAGAGGAGCUUGGCUUCCUUUUAAAUUUUUUUCUACCGUACGCGUAUUGUCCAACAUGUAGCAAAGAUAUAAGCAAAUCUAUUUGUGAAACUCCUCCUCCUCCAAAAAUGGACGUUGAACAGUUAGACAUCUGCGGAGUUGCCGAAGAAUUUACGGAUGAUGAAGCUAAAUUGAUUGCCGACGUGAGGGAAGCGAUCUGUGACGAGAAACUAUCUAGUCCCAGCGUAAUAAGUAGUUCAUCUCAAAGUUCUCUAACUGAAACAUUACUUCCUCUUGCGGAACGCACGUCCACUUCUUUUGCAUCUAUUAGCGAUAUUGUCAAAGAUGACGAUCAGAUGCAACAACGCUUAUUGUGCGACAAAGGACACUUGCUUGAAAUUGAAACUAUGUUUGUCACUAAAGCUUUACGGGAAUUUGUAGAAAGAUAUCAUUUUGUUAAAUGGAAAGAGCCACAAGCUUUCCAAGAAAAAUUAAUAGAGAAAAAAACAGUCAUAUCUCGAAAUAUGACAAUUCAGGAUAUAACAAAUUUUUGGAAACGAUACACUGAAAUUUUUCCAUCAAAAAAAGAACGACUUUGGGAUGGCUUAUUGAUUGGACUUAAAAAAUAUCAUAAAGUGUUAAAAGAAAGACAUCAAUUAAAUGUCGAAAUGAAAUCUUUACGAAGGCAAAAUGCGGAAUUACGACGUUUAUUGAAAACAUAUAUAAUCCAGCCUGAGGAUGUUGAAUCAUCACAAGAUGAUACACAAUCUGUUUGCGGCAACAUUUAAAAUGCAAAUAUAAUAUUUAUGCACAAAUUAAACUUACUUUAUGUCUAAAUAAAUUUAAUAUAUAAUUCUCAACAUGAGAGACGAUGAUAUAAUGUAAAUAUACAUAUAUAUUAUAUCACUAUAUAUUUGCGAUAUUUUUCAUGAUUCUUGUGUAAAUUGUGAUAGUUGAGACUAAUGAAUUACAACUUUCACUGCUCGAUGAGAUUAACAUCAAUAUCAAUAUGAUUUAUUAAAGCAUA